UCUUGUUUGCAUUUCAUAUCUUCAUCUUCUCUACAUCAUCACUGAUCGGAUCCUCACCGGAGUGACCAUCAGUUAUUCCAACACUAGUAAAUUGUUAAAAAAGCUUGCAUAUUCAUCAACCUAGUGACUAAAAACCCCAAAUGAGAAAAACCCUCAAUAAACCCCUUUCUGCCAUUGCUGCAACUUCAAGAAUCAACACUAACCUCAUCAAUGACACAAAAAAAUCCUAUCUUUACUUAAAUUUCAGUUCAAAACCCAAAUUUAUAUUCACAAAUUCUAACUUUCCACUUCAAGAAUGUGUGAAAAAUCCUCUUUUCCAAAUACCCAAAUCCAAAAAACCAAAUCUUUCCUCAAAUUUCACUUCAAAACCCAAAUUGGUAUUCACAAAUUCUAACUUUCCACUUCAAGAAUGUGUGAGUUUUCCUCUUUUCCAAAUACCCAAACCCAAAAAAUCCAAUCUUUACUUAAAUUUCACUUCAAAACCCAAAUUGGUAUUCACAGAUUCUAACUUUCCAUUUCAAGAAUGUGUGAAUUUUCCACUUUUCCAAAUACCCAAAUCAAAAAAUCCAAAUCUUUACUUAAAUUUCAGUUCAAAACCCAAAUUUAUAUUCACAAAUGCUAACAUUCCACCACCAGAAUGGAUACAACCAUUUAUUGACCUUUCUGAUUUAAUCACAGAUAGAAAAGAUCUUAAACCAUCACCAUGGGUAUCUCAAAUUUUGAAUCUUUUAGAUAAUUCACCAUUAAUGGAACAGAAGUUAGAUGCUUAUUGUUUCAAAUUUCUCAUUAAAUUAUCACCUAGUUUUGUUGCUUAUAUCUUGAAAUCAGAUAACCUUUUACCCGAUAUCGCGUUUCGUUUCUUUUAUUGGGCUGGUAAGCAGAAAGGGUAUGCUCAUAAUUGUGAAUGCUAUGUGUUUUUAAUUCAGAUUUUAUCUGCUUCACGUGAAUUAGAUAGAAUUAAGCAUGUGUUUAGUGAAUUUAAGGAUAACGGUUUGUUGAUGAAUGUGGCGGCGGUUAAUUCUUUGAUUAGGAGUUUUGGAGAACUUGGAAUGGUUGAGGAGUUAUUAUGGGUUUGGCGUCGAAUGAAAGAAAAUGAUAUUGAGCCUAGUUUAUAUACAUAUAACUUUUUGAUGAAUGGAUUAGUGAAUUCCAUGUUUAUUGAAUCGGCUGAACGCGUUUUUGAGGUUAUGGAAAGCGGGAAAGUUAAUCCGGAUAUUGUAACGUAUAAUAUUAUGAUUAAAGGGUAUUGUAGAUCCGGGAAGCUUAAAAAAGCAAUGGAGAAAUUUCGAGAUAUGGAGGUUAGGAAAGUUGAACCUGAUAAAAUUACGUACAUGACCCUAAUGCAAGCGUGUUAUGCGGAGGGAGAUUUUGAUUCUUGUUUGGGACUUUACCAUGAAAUGGAGGAAAAGGACUUGGAUAUUCCACUACACGCGUACACGUUAGUCAUUGGAGGGCUUUGUAAAUGUGGGAAGGUUUUGGAAGGGUUUACUGUUUUCGAAAAUAUGAUCAAGAAAGGUUUUAGACCUAAUCUGUCGAUUUAUACUGCUUUGAUUGACUUGUACAUGAAACACGGAAACUUGGAUGAGGCAAUGAGACUUUUUGACAGAAUGAAGAAUGAAGGAUUUGAACCGGAUGAGGUAACGUUUGGGGUUAUUGUAAAUGGUUUAUGCAAAAGUGGGAAGUUAGACGAGGCCAUGCAGUGGCUCGAGUAUUGCCAAAAUAAUAAUGUAGCUAUUAAUGCUAUGUUUUAUUCGAGUCUUAUUGAUGGUCUAGGAAAGGCAGGGAGAGUUGACGAGUCCAGAGAACUCUUUGAGGAGAUGGCUGAGAAGGGAUGUACGCGUGAUUCAUAUUGUUAUAAUGCGCUUAUCGAUGCCUUGGCCAAAAACGAGAAAAUCAAUGAAGCUUUGGUUGUUUUUAAGAGGAUGGAAGAUGAAGGUUGUGAUCAAACAGUUUAUACGUACACAAUAUUGAUCAGUGGUUUGUUUAAAGAGCAUCAAAAUGAAGAGGCAUUGAAAUUAUGGCAUAUGAUGAUUGAUAAAGGUAUAACUCCGAACGCUGCUUCUUUUCGAGCACUUUCGACUGGGCUUUGUCUUUCUGGCAAGGUGGCAAGAGCGUGUAAGAUAUUGGAUGAGCUGGCACCUAUGGGUGUUAUAUUGGAGACGGCUUUUGAAGAUAUGAUUAAUGUUCUAUGCAAAGCAGGGAGAAUAAAACAGGCUUGCAAAUUAGCUGAUGGGAUCGUGGAUCGAGGUCGAGAAAUUCCUGGAAAAGUUCGUACGGUUUUGAUUAAUGCCUUGAGGAAGACGGGGAAUGCUGACAUGGCGGUGAAGUUGAUGCAUAGUAAGAUUGGCAUUGGAUACGACAGGAUGGGUAGCAUUAAAAGGAGAGUAAAGUUUCGAGUUUUGGUUGAAAGCUGAGGCUAAAGCUGGAUAUUGGGGUUACUAUUGGGACACUCAAGUGUGCUAUUAUGCUGUCAUGGGUGGUUAUUAGGUGAAAAUGCUGAGGCAACAUCAACAAUGAACAUGCCAUUUGAUGAAGCUAUGCGAAUCUGCCAUUUUGUGGAGUUCUAACAAGCAAAGCAAGAGUUAAUUCAGCAGUUCUUGCAAUCAAUUAACAUAUGGUACUCCCAGACAACUUCUCGCAUUAUUGUUGUAAAAGAGUAUCCGGGCCAGCUUGCACGUACUUGAGUAUUUAAGGGGUUACCUGCUACCUCCUACCAACACUGUUACCAGUACUGGACCCAGGAAGAUGCCCGUGUACACGGGUGACCGAGAAUUUGCUUCUUUAUGUGCAUGAAGAACAAGAAGAAUCAUUUGUUAUGGAGAUAGAAAAGUGGGAGCUAGAAUCUCAGCAGCUGACAUAACUAAUAUAUUUUCGGCCUGGCAUUUCCUGUACAACGAGUACAAACACAUUGUCUUUUGGAAGUUGGAGUGGACCCUUGGAGCACGGCGACUUGUCAGUUUUCAAGCCAUUUCCGAGGUACAAUAUUCUUGAAAUCUUUUAUCCAGGAUCUCUAAUUAAAUUUAUGGUUGAAUAUAUCGAUAACCUCUUAAAGUUGCCGGUAAAUUUCAUUUAUCGCUCAUACUGCGGAUUGUUUCAAUUGAUCACCUGAACACAUGAUUACUUGUUUCUAUUUGACACUUCCGGCUCAAAUUUUGAAAAGUUCUUGCACAUGUUAUCAAGUGUCUAUUGCAUAGAUAAGUUAACCACAUAAAAUUUGUCACCUCAUUAAUUUAUACACAUCAGCCUCAAUUGAAACAUGCUUGUGAUUUUAUGGCCUAUUGAGGUUAAUGCAUAUAAUUAAGGAAGUGACAUAUUUUAAGUGGGUAACUUAUCUAGGUAAUGGGCGCGUGAGAAUACAUGCAAAAGUCUUUUCAAAAUUUGUGCUGGAAGAGUGUAGUUGGAAUGCUUUUUCAUAUGUUCAGAUACUCAAUCGGAACAUGCUGUAGUUCGAGUGUCUAAAUGAAAUUUACUAGCAAGUUUAAGGGGUUGUUGAUGUAUUCAACCUAAAUUUAUUGGAAGGGGCUACCAUCUGUGACAUUUGUAAGCACAUGCUUGUAUUGCUUACCCAUUCAUAUUCAUUCAACCACAACAUGGCGAAUUAUUUUUUUGAGGGAUAUUGGAGGUAGUUGAUUGACCGAUCCAAAAGACAAUGUUGAUUUGCCGGUACUAAUUUUGAGAAUUCAGAUGUGCCUCUAUCUGUUAGUACAACUUUAGUUAUUUUUAAUGGAAUCCGUCGUGUCGAGUCUCAGGAAAGGUUUGUUGUAUGGAGUACAUCUGAACAUUGGAGGAGGCAUUGAUUGUGAUGUGUGUUUAUGCAGAUACAUUUCUUUGCCAGGGAAGAUGCAUCUUUUAUUUGCUUUGCCAAUUGACUUUGUAUUAGGAUCACAAAAUGGAAGAUAUGGUAUCUAAAUUUUCGAGAGUAGAGAAACCUAAACGAUAAAUUCUUAAAAGGGCAUAUAUCUUUUUCA